ACUAGUAUAGCAUUGUUGUUGAAAAAGUUGUUCGUGUCGUCAGCACGAAUAUUUCUUGCUUUACAUUCUGUGAAGUGGAUUCUGCUGGUCGAUUAUAUAAUCAAUUCCAUUCAACUAAAUAAAUCAGCCGGCUAGAGACCGGAGUACUCGCUCUUUCGUUUCGUUAUUUAUCACUUGAAGUAACUACAAGGUCGUCAAGUCUAAGGUUACAUUUGAUAAUAGACGUGUUCUGAUUUUAAAUUAUUUGCAGAAAUAUCGAGGAUAAUGGCUGCUCCAAUUAAAGUAGUGGUGACAGGUGCGGCGGGACAAAUCGCCUAUUCUCUGCUUUACCAAGUUGCAUCAGGAGCUGUGUUUGGCCCUGACCAGCCUGUGUUCCUCCACCUUCUUGAUAUUGCUCCAAUGAUGGGGGUCCUAGAGGGUGUUGUGAUGGAAUUAGCUGACUGUGCCCUACCCCUCCUUGCUGGAGUACUUCCCACUGCAAACCCAGAGGAAGCAUUUAAAGAUGUUGCUGCUGCCUUCCUGGUAGGCGCUAUGCCUAGAAGAGAAGGCAUGGAGAGAAAGGACCUUCUCUCUGCUAAUGUAAGGAUUUUUAAAGAACAAGGACAGGCUCUUGACAAAGUUGCACGCAAAGAUGUCAAAGUACUAGUUGUUGGCAAUCCUGCAAACACAAAUGCAUUGAUCUGCUCAAAAUAUGCACCAUCCAUUCCUAAAGAGAACUUCACAGCUAUGACCCGUCUUGACCAAAACCGUGCCCAGUCUCAGCUUGCGGCUAAGAUUGGAGUGCCAGUGCGUGACGUUAAGAAUGUCAUCAUUUGGGGAAAUCACUCAUCCACACAGUUCCCGGAUGCAUCCAAUGCUCUGGUCAAUGUAGGAGGUAUUGAGAAACCAGUGCCAGCUGUUAUAAAUGAUGAUGAAUUCUUGAAGACCACGUUUGUAAGCACAGUACAGAAACGUGGUGCUGCCGUCAUUGCUGCCAGGAAGAUGUCGUCAGCUUUGUCUGCAGCCAAAGCAGCUUCAGAUCACAUGAGAGAUUGGUUUUUGGGUACUGGUGACCGCUGGGUGAGCAUGGGUGUGGUCUCUGAUGGAUCAUAUGGCACACCUCGAGAUGUUGUUUUCUCAUUCCCUGUAACCGUAAGCAAUGGCAAAUGGAAGAUUGUUGAAGGGCUCACAAUCAGUGAUUUCGCCCGCAAAAUGUUGGAUGAAACUGGCAAGGAACUGGCAGAAGAAAAGCAAGAUGCUUUAGAUGUCUGCAAGGACUGACUGAGUAACUUAUAAGAUCACUUUUUAAGCUAAAUAUUUUUAGUUGACAAAAAUUUCAGUAAAAUUAUGUAAUAUCAGUUCAAGUGUAAGAUAUAAAAUAUUUAUCGAGGUCAAGCCAUGGUUAUCACUGCUUCGUUUUAAGUUUAUGAUAUAUAUUAUGCAUCAUAUUUUUUAUAUUAUAUUAUUUUUGAUUGUU